GUAAUUUGAUCCGAAAUAACCUGAACCUCUUUGCACAGCCCCCUGAACAACAGCGACCUGCCCUGCCAUUUCCGAUCAAUCGCCGCCGAUCUCCGCCUCCUGAACCAUCCACAAUCAUGCUCCGACAAAGUUCUAGACUCCUAACUAGAGCCACCACGAUGGCGUGGCGCCGCCCUUUUUCAACUGACCUGCCAGCGGCGAAUCGCGUUGAUUCCACUUUUCCGGAGGCAUGGAAGAAAGUAAUACCAACCACGGAACCUCCUAUGACUCCCUCUGCCUUCAUAAAACCUAGGCCCGUAACUCCAUCAUCUAUCCCUUCCAAACUCAGUGUCAACUUUGUCCUUCCUUAUUCAUCUGAACUCUCCGGUAAAGAGGUUGAUAUGGUUAUCAUCCCUGCUACUACUGGACAAAUGGGUGUUUUGCCUGGGCAUGUUGCGACAAUUGCAGAGCUAAAACCCGGCAUCUUAUCAGUUCACGAAGGCAAUGAUGUGACCAAGUACUUUGUGAGCGGUGGGUUUGCAUUUGUUCAUGCAAAUUCUUUCGCAGAUAUAGUUGCUGUUGAAGCUGUGCCACUUGACCAAAUCGAUCCCAAUUUGGUUCAAAAGGGACUCAUGGAGUUCGCACAGAAGCUAAGCACUGCAUCGACUGACGAAGAGAAAGCCGAGGCCCAGAUUGGAGUUGAUGUACACAGCGCCUUUAAUGCUGCUCUGACCGGUUAAAUAGAGUCUUUGUACCUGUUCACUUAUCUUUUCCUUCUGUAUCUGUUGGAAACCGCAAAUUCUUCCUGAUUUUCAACAGAUUUAUCCUUGUGCAUGCAUGGUGUUACCUGUUUUUAGUCCUGCAUCACAUGAAUAAAUGCAGGGGACAAACUCUCCUAAUGUAUACAUGGUUAGAUGCCAUAUCAUCUGU